AUGGGCAACAAGCAGACAGUCUUCACUCAUGAGCAGCUGGAAGCAUAUCAGGACUGCACCUUCUUCACAAGAAAGGAAAUCAUGAGGCUCUUCUAUCGCUACCAGGACUUGGCUCCCCAGCUUGUCCCCCUCGACUAUACCAGCUGUCCUGAUGUGAAGGUGCCCUACGAGCUCAUCGGCAGCAUGCCCGAGCUGAAGGACAACCCGUUCCGCCAGAGGAUUGCCCAGGUGUUCUCUGAGGACGGGGAUGGGCACAUGACCUUGGACAACUUCCUGGACAUGUUUUCCGUGAUGAGCGAAAUGGCUCCCCGCGAUCUCAAAGCCUACUAUGCUUUUAAAAUUUAUGACUUUAACAAUGACGGCUACAUCUGUGCGUGGGACCUGGAGCAGACAGUGACCAAGCUGACGCGGGGGGAGCUGAGCGCUGAGGAGGUGAGCCUGGUGUGCGAGAAGGUGCUAGAUGAGGCCGAUGGUGACCAUGAUGGGCGGCUCUCCCUGGAAGACUUCCAGAACAUGAUCCUGCGGGCACCCGACUUCCUCAGCACCUUCCACAUUCGCAUCUGAGUGCCCCACGGAGGAGAAGCCGGGUCAGAGGAGGACGGGGUGACCCCUCACUCCGCUGUGGAAUCCGGUCUCCCUGUGUUCUGGGAAUAAACACAUCACUGAGUCACAUCUGCUUGGAGGACACGUGUUUCACCUUAAACCUGCCGGAUGAGAGAGAGGAAGCCUGGGAUCUCAUCUCUGCCCUCACUGUGUGACCCUGGGUGUGGCUGCGCCCUCUGUGAGCCGUGAUCUCCCCAUCUGUACAUGGAAGUCGCUGACUUCGAGAUCUCUGUCCACCAUGAGGGCUGGAAGUGCCUUGUGGCUGUGAGUUUUGGUGGGCAGAGACCAGAUGCGGAAAUCAGGCCCCUGUGAUCACACCCCCGGGCCUCCCAAGG